GGUACAUUAAUAACACAUUUCGACCUUUGCUCAUCGCGAGGGCAAGCCCGAAAUUUUAUAUAAACAAGUUCGUCGUGUCGUGACGACUUCGAUUCACGGCAUGGCCCAGCAGCCUACUUAUUUCCUUGCACCCAGCUUUCGUUUCAAGCCUGGUACAGGUCCAAUAGCCUUGGGCAAUAUCAUUGCAGACCCGCUGCGGCCGCAUCGCGCGCUGACUACCGUCGGGGAGGAGACGUUGGAGACAGAUUAUCCUCGAGUCGAAACCAUUGCCGAUCAGGAUCGUAGUACAGUUCGGGGUGCUAGCUGUGAAUUUUCGAUGGCUAUAUGGUCUCAAUUCCUACAGACCAUCUCCGCGAAAGUAUCUGGUGGGCGGAGUGUCAACAUGCAAACAACCUAUACAAUGAGGGCUCUUGAAACGACUUAUUUUGUCACCGACCCCAGUCUGGAAGUAAUCGAGGCACGCCUCAGAGCGCCGCGCGUUCAAGCAGUUAUCAAGGCCAGUAAUAUACCUGGCUUCCGGCAUUCGGUUUACAUGGUCACUGGUUUGAUGGUCGCCAAGGGCUUUGCCGCUGUUCAGCAAACGGCAAGGACUAAGGCCGGCGAGGUGAGCGCCAUUGGAGGUAUCCUCACGCCUGCAGGUGACGUAGGGCUCGGGACAGGCACCACCAGCUCCUCUACCACCGAACAGGGCGAUACAUGGAAGACGGUAGAUGAUAUUGUAUUUGCAUAUCAACUUCUUAAGAUCGAGGUCAAGGGUUGGAGGGGGACAAGAGUCGAAUAUGAUGAGUUUCGACACAAUGCGGCGUAUCUCAGCAAAGACGAUUCGGAAUCUUGUUCUGAAUCCGAUGGAGAGGAUGCAGACGACGAAAUUAAAGGACAAGUUACAGUGUGUGCAGCGGGAGUAAACAAUCUAUCACCUUCAAGCCUCGGGGGGGUUGAGAUUGAGCAGGUGGAACUUAUAGAAGGCGAGCACAGGAUAGCAUGCAUAUCAGCGGUUGACGUGUAAGGACAACUGGCGGAUGGCCAUACAGACCGGCUUGAUAGUCAUACGCACAGCAUGGAAUGACUGAUGUUAUCUUUUUUUUUUUUGGGUCUAGUUUCUUUAGUUACUCAUAAUGUCCUAAACAUCUGCUACUGCCGCCGCAAUCUUUAUCCAUCGUUCAUCGUCUGAUUUGUCCAGUAGUUGCCA